AUGUCAGGGUUACUAAAGUCACGACUUGACAAGGAAAAAGAAAAAGAAAAGGGCACCCUUGCAGGACAUGCCAAGUUCCCAACCCAUUCAUACUUGGUCAACAACAACAACAACAGCAGCAGCCACGGACGCAUUUCAUUCUCCGUCUGUGCCGUUCUCCACCAAAUACACUCCGGGCACGGUGCAGUUCUCCUCCCUAUCCUAUCAUCGCCGGAUCUGCAUCUCUAUACUAGUAUUCUCAUUCCUUUGUUUCUCCUGGACCAAACCAGCCAUGCUCCACAGUUCAUUCAUCUCAAAUUAGAAAAAGAGCCUCCAUUGGGUGGUUGUCCAAUGCAUCCAUGGCAGCAGGGAAAAGUUUUGGUUGGGUUACCAGAGCGCUUGGAGCCUCCUCUAUCCAUGCUCGGUUACAUGACCAUCUCCACGUUGAUCAAACAGACUACAUGCAGGAGGUGA